CCACCUAGCUUAACGUCAUAUUGUGUAACUAAACCUCUAAGUUCAAAGUACAUUUGCAGACAAUCUGUCCUAACGGUUCCAAAGCCCAUUGAAGCCCCGUAGAGCUUUAUACACACAACCACCACAGUGUACCAUUUCUCUACAGCUACCAAGUCAAGACUUCGCUUAGCGCAUCAUUCUAAGUCCUACUGUUACCAUUGAAGAUGAAGAUGGUUUGUUGCCUGACCUGGUUGUUCGCUUGAGUGCCGGUAGACGCUCUAUUUAGGGAUGGCACGGUUCAAACCUCACGUGAUCUGCAUACAAAAUGCCUCAAAACUCGGCGACAAUGACUCCCUAGGUUUCAUAAAUCACUAGCAAUAGUCUACAGGCCCAUGUUUAGCUAGCAAGAUUUCUUACGUGGCCUCAGUUCUCUAAACGAGAAUUUGCUCAUACUCGAUUUCACGAUUUCGUCAUCAUCAUCGUAUUCUUCAAUCCCGCUAUCUCCUUACCAGAACAAGUUGCAGCCUUGAUUUUUCCACUGAACGUCUCCAGGUUCCACGGAGGUGUGCACGGCCAUCAAGUGAUCGUUUCUUCGUUGUGACAAGUCCCUACGGUUGAUCUUUUAGCUCCACCUGGUAGAUCGACACUGAACGACGCCAUUUCCUGCUAACUCAGCAGCACACUCCAUGCAGGGGCGUUGUCCGGAUGCGUGUGCAUUGUGCUUGCUUUAUCAGGCUGAAUCAGUUGAUCUUCAUAUCAGAGUAAAGUAAAUGCUAUGUAGUCAGAGUGGUUCAUAAAAAUAAUGGAAACAAGUGGAAAAAUCAUUUCUUCAAAACGAAGGGGGAUAUAGGAGUGGCUCAAAGCGCCAAAAAGAAAAGAACAAGGGGUCAUUUCACAGCAAAGAGUUCCACUCGUUUCCAUUAUUUUUUUAAGAAUGAGAAUUCUGCCUACACCAAUGUGACUAAAAAGCAUGCCACAAUCACAAUAAUCGAUGACGACAAUGAGUUAAAUUUCAGUGUUGAUUAAAUGGGAAACUUUUGCUACAGCAAAAUAGGCAUGUGACGUGUUUUAACUGCCACAGAUGCUACUGUGGGCCUAGAGGAAAUAUUUUAUUCAGUCAACGAAGGAGCCAGCCUCGAAGUAUGUGCCAGAGUGACAUCUCCAAAUAUCUCGUGUCCUAUCAACUAUGGAUUCAGUCUCAUGAUCUCUACUGCUCCUAUUGAUGCAGUAACUGGUGAGGACUAUGAGCCUCUCAACAACAAGAAACUAUACUUCGAACCAUGUCAGACAAAGUCAUGCAUCAAUAUAAGCACUAUAGAAGAUGGCUGUGUUGUGGAACUAGUAAAGAAUUUCACAGUUAUGCUGCGAAGGGAUGCAGUUGACGGCAUAAAGAUAGCGCCAUCAGAAGCCAGCAUUGUAAUCCAUGACAGUGAUGUGGCUUAUGUGCGAAUCGUGGGAGGCAGGAGAGAUGUGCCCGUAAAUGAGGGUGAUGGUUAUGCGAGGUUGUUCUUGGCAACCACUGAUGAAUUUGGCUCAAUGACUUGCCGUGUCCUGUUUGACUUUACUGUUGCUGUGUACACCGAAGCAGGAACUGCCACGAUUAACAAAGACUACGAACAUAGCAGCAGAAAUAUUCAGUUCAGUAGAGAUCUUGUAGAAUCCGUGGGGAUAAGAAUCAUUGACGACGACACAGUGGACAGUAACAGGGAGGAGACCUUUCAAGUCAUCUUGCAAAACACACCAGGCGUGAUGCAACGGAUCAAGCUGGUCAGGACACCUGUAACAGUUGUCAUAAGAGAUAACGACGUUGCAACAUUUGGUCUAGAGAGAGCUUUCUGCCAGGUUGAUGAAGAUGUAACACUCAGAGUGUGUGUCGUUCUCCGUGACAUGAAACAAGACUGCCCUGUAGAGUUUCCAUUUGACCUCAGACUUAAAGCAAUAGCUGCGACAGCAACAUCAGGGGACCACGAUGCCAAUGCGAAUGACAUCACAAUUGAAAAGUGUAGUCGGUCACAGUGUACAAAUAUUACAGUGUAUGACGACAGUUCCCUGGAAUUUGAUGAAACAUUCUACAUUUUCCUGCUGAAGUUUCCCAACCACGACGCAAGAAUUCUGCUUGAUGUUGUGAAGAAAACAGUCACUAUAGAAGAUAAUGACAACAUCAGUAUUAUAUUCGAUUAUCCGGCAAUAGUGGUUGAGGGCUUUCCAGUACUAGUUUGUCUGUUGAUUGAGGGAAGCCCCAGGAGCGAUUGUCCUUCGUCGUUUGAAAUACGAGUUCUGCUUUGGACUGAUGAUGGAACUGCAACUUACAGAGGGAGUCUUCCUGACUAUGUCCGACAAAUAAGAACACUCACAAUACCUGUUUGUGCAAAGGACUUCUGCUAUAGUAUUUCAGCGAUCGAUAAUUUAUCAGUGGAGAAGCAUGAAUAUUUCUACGUAACUUUGACACAUGGUUCCAAUGGGUAUUUGAAUGAGAGAAUCAAUAUCCCUACACCCACUAAACGAUACGAAAUUCUUGACGAUGAUAAUGCCGCUGACUAUGAUAGAAGCAGAGUUGACGUGACAUUCAGACCCUGUGUUGCUCGGCAGUGUGUAGCUGUACCCAUAAUAGAUGACUGCAGUCUGGAAAGAGACGAAAAUUUCACUAUUUCGUUGGAACCAGAAGUGUUCCUUACAGAUAGGAUCAUUACAGGCGAUAGUCUCACAGUCACUAUUGAAGACAAUGACAACACUUUCAUUGAGAUGGAGCAUACCGAGUAUAAAGUAUUCGAGAAUGCAAGUCAGAUUGAAGUUUGUGCUGUUAUAAGACCAGCUGGCUGCAGACCAUCAAUAGAGUUCCCUGUGCGUAUUUACACUCGUUCUGAUAGCGCAGAAGCUACAGGGCUAAGUGCAGACUAUGUUAGCGCUGAAACCAAUUUGAUCUUCUCUUCGUCCGUCAACAAGGCGUGCAUGACCAUCAACAUCCUUGACAAUAUUCAGGUGGAGCAUCUCGAAGAAUCUUUCUACGUGACUCUCGAACAAGUAGCAAAUACGCCUGGUGGGGUAAUCCUGACCCGUAAUAUUGCCGAGGUGAUCAUCGUUGAUAACGAUGAUGAAAUGGACUAUGUAUCCCAGGACGCGAUGGGUGAUCUAACGAUUGAAGCAUGUCACCGAAGGCAGUGUUUCUCCGUUCGUAUUGUGGAUACCAAAGAGGUGGAGGAAGAGGAGAGUUUUGACAUCAGUCUCGUGAGGAACAAUGGGCUUGAUCCUCUCAUCCAAAUAGGCACCCGCAGCACAACAACCGUUACCAUCCGAGACGAUGAUACGGCUACAUUUGGUCUGACUGAAGCUGAGUACAGAGUAGAGGAAGGCCAAACACUGACAGAGACUGUGUGUGUGGAGUUGUUAGAAGGAAGUGGAGACUGUGUUGUGCCAUUCUCCAUCAAUGUUAUAUUCAACACCAGGAACAUUUCAGCUGAUUCACCUGGAGACUAUGAAGCUCUGAGUGGGGUCGAGGCAUGUAUCCCUCCCUGCACAUCUCUAUUCUGUGUUAACCUCGAAACGGUUAAUGAUGAGCUAAUAGAAGGGGAUGAAAACUUGUAUGUGUCGCUAACCAGAGGCUUCAGCUGGGAUUCUAGAAUCAUUUUAAAUCGCUCGCAUUCUGAGGUUACCAUCGAGGAUGAUGACGCUGCCAGAGUCACCAUCCAAAGCUCGAACUACAGAGUUAACGAAGCUGAUAGACGAGUGACAAUCUGUGCUCGAGUGCGAAGUCCUUUCCCAGUCAGUGCAGACUGUGAACUAGACUUUUCCUUCAGUGUCAGAUUGGUUCCAAUUGCUGGAACAGCAGGACCUUCAGAUUAUGGAUCAUCAAUAACAGUGUACUUCGCAAGAUGUGAUAAUGAAGCCUGUGCAACAAUAAAUAUUCGUGACGACUCCGUCAUGGAGAAGGCAGAGGAAGAGUUUAUUGUCUCUCUGCAAAGUGCAAAUACUGACACCAGAGUUAGAGCUAGCGCUAGGACCAGCACUCUCCAGAUUACUGAUGAUGAUGACGUGACCAUUGGUUUGCAGUAUAGUGCAUACACUGUGGAAGAGUCAAGUGGUAGGGUGCAGGUGUGUGCCCUGAUAAAUGGAACAAGUGAUAUCUACAGCACAGUCCGUCUAGCCACAAGCUCCAGCACUGCCGGCACUGGCACACCGUCAGAUUUUUACAGCGAGUCUCAUAGUGUGACAUUCAAGCCAAGAAUUUCCCGACAAUGUGUCUAUUUCAACAUCACGGAUGACAAUAUUGUGGAAGAGAGGGAGUACUUCAAUGUCACUUUGGGAAGGACUGCAGACCUGGACGAUAGAGUUCAGCUUAGACAAACAUCUACAACCAUUUUUAUCGACGAUAAUGACACGGCUACAUUUGGUCUGACUGAAGCUGAGUACAGGGUAGAGGAAGGCCAAACACUGACAGAGACUGUGUGUGUGGAGUUGUUAGAGGAAAGUGGAGACUGUGUUGUGCCGUUCCCUAUCAACGUUAUAUUCAACACCAGGGACAUGUCAGGACCUUCAGAUUAUGGAUCAUCAAUAACAGUGUACUUCGCAAGAUGUGAUAAUGAAGCCUGUGCAACAAUAAAUAUUAGUGACGACACCAUCAUGGAGAAGGCAGAGGAAGAGUUUAUUGUCUCUCUGCAAAGUGCAAAUAUUGACACCAGAGUUAGAGCUAGCGCUAGGACCAGCACUGUCCAGAUUACUGAUGAUGAUCACGUGACCAUUGGUUUGCAGUAUAGUGCAUACACUGUGGAAGAGUCAAGUGGUAGGGUGCAGGUGUGUGCCCUGAUAAAUGGAACAAGUGAUAUCUACAGCACAGUCCGUCUAGCCACAAUCUCCGGCACUGCCGGCACUGGCACACCGUCAGAUUUUUACAGCGAGUCUCAUAGUGUGACAUUCAAGCCAAGAAUUUCCCGACAAUGUGUCUAUUUGAACAUCACGGAUGACAAUAUUGUGGAAGAGAGGGAGUACUUCAAUGUCACUUUGGGAAGGACUGCAGACCUGGACGAUAGAGUUCAGCUUAGACAAACAUCUACAACCAUUUUUAUCCUUGAUGAUGACACGGCUACAUUUGGUCUGACUGAAGCUGAGUACAGGGUAGAGGAAGGCCAAACACUGACAGAGACUGUGUGUGUGGAGUUGUUAGAGGAAAGUGGAGACUGUGUUGUGCCGUUCCCUAUCAACGUUAUAUUCAACACCAGGGACAUGUCAGCUGAUUCACCUGGAGACUAUGAAGCUCUGAGUGCGGUCGAGGCAUGUAUCCCUCCCUGCACAUCUCUAUUCUGUGUUAACCUCGAAACCGUUAAUGAUGAGCUAAUAGAAGGGGAUGAAAACUUGUAUGUGUCGCUAACCAGAGGCUUCAGCUGGGAUUCUAGAAUCAUUUUAAAUCGCUCGCAUUCUGAGGUUACCAUCGAGGACGAUGACAGUGCCAGAGUCACCAUCCAAAACUCAAACUACAGAGUUAACGAAGCCGAUAGGCGAGUGACAAUCUGUGCUCAAGUGCGAAGUCCUUUUCCAGUCAGUGCAGACUGUGAACUAGACUUUUCCUUCAGUGUCAGAUUGGUUCGAAUUGCUAGAACUGCAGGACCAUCAGAUUAUGGAUCAUCAAUAACACUGUACUUCGCAAGAUGCGCUAUGGAAGCCUGUGGAACAAUAAGUAUUCGUGACGACUCCAUCUUGGAGAAGGGCGAGGAAGAGUUUAUUGUCUCUCUGCAAAGUGCAAAUACUGACACCAGAGUUAGAGUCAGCCGUAGGACCAGCACUGUCCAUAUUACUGAUGAUGAUGACGUGACCAUUGGUUUGCAGUAUGGUGCAUACACUGUGGAAGAGUCAAGUGGUAGGGUACAAGUGUGUGCCCUGAUGAGUGGAACAAGUGAUAUCUACAGCACAGUCCGUCUAGCCACAAUCUCCGGCACUGCCGCGGCUACAUUUGGUCUGACUGAAGCUGAGUACAGAGUAGAGGAAGGCCAAACACUGACAGAGACUGUGUGUGUGGAGUUGUUAGAAGGAAGUGGAGACUGUGUUGUGCCAUUCUCCAUCAAUGUUAUAUUCAACACCAGGAACAUUUCAGCUGAUUCACCUGGAGACUAUGAAGCUCUGAGUGGGGUCGAGGCAUGUAUCCCUCCCUGCACAUCUCUAUUCUGUGUUAACCUCGAAACGGUUAAUGAUGAGCUAAUAGAAGGGGAUGAAAACUUGUAUGUGUCGCUAACCAGAGGCUUCAGCUGGGAUUCUAGAAUCAUUUUAAAUCGCUCGCAUUCUGAGGUUACCAUCGAGGACGAUGACAGUGCCAGAGUCACCAUCCAAAACUCAAACUACAGAGUUAACGAAGCCGAUAGGCGAGUGACAAUCUGUGCUCAAGUGCGAAGUCCUUUUCCAGUCAGUGCAGACUGUGAACUAGACUUUUCCUUCAGUGUCAGAUUGGUUCGAAUUGCUAGAACUGCAGGACCAUCAGAUUAUGGAUCAUCAAUAACACUGUACUUCGCAAGAUGCGCUAUGGAAGCCUGUGGAACAAUAAGUAUUCGUGACGACUCCAUCUUGGAGAAGGGCGAGGAAGAGUUUAUUGUCUCUCUGCAAAGUGCAAAUACUGACACCAGAGUUAGAGUCAGCCGUAGGACCAGCACUGUCCAUAUUACUGAUGAUGAUGACACUGGCACACCGUCAGAUUUUGACAGCGAGUCUCAUAGUGUGACAUUCAAGCCAAGAAGUUCCCGACAAUGUGUCUAUUUCAACAUCACGGAUGACAAUAUUGUGGAAGAGAGGGAGUACUUCAAUGUCACUUUGGGAAGGACUGCAGACCUGGACGAUAGAGUUCAGCUUGGACGAAUAUCUACAACUAUUUUUAUCAACGAUAAUGACAGGGCAAGAGUGAGACUGGAUCCACCAGUUAAGGAGAAUUCUGAGGGGAGAUCUGUCGAACUCUGUGCUGUCGUUGAGUCUGCCAGCAGAGGCAGUCACCUUGAAUAUGAUUUCAACAUUACUUUUUAUAUCGGAGGAACUGCAGAUAAGGGGGAAGACUAUUCUGGUCUGGAGUCAUACCUAACCAUACCUAAAUGCAGAAACAGGCAGUGUAUGACAAUACAAAUCACAGAGGACCAGGUUGUGGAAAUGAAUGAGACCAUUUUAGUUAGCAUUUCUCGGAGUGUGAACUCUGUCAGCUAUGACAGAAGUAAUGCGACCAUCACCAUCUAUGACAAUGACAAUGCGAUGGUCCGCCUCAAGUCUCUCUACCAGAUAGUACGGGAGAAUGUUGGUAGAGUGAGUGUUUGUGCUGUCGUCAGUGGACAUCCAGUUAAAUCUAUUGCCUUCCCCUUUUAUAUACGGUUCACAUUUAACCCUGACAGUGCAACUUAUCCAGAAGACUUUAGUACGACACAGGUAGAUGUGAGAUAUGAUCCUGUCCGGAACGAGGCGUGUGCUCAGCUGGUAGUGGUGGACUCUGCUGUACUGGAGUUGCCCGAAUCGCUCUAUGUGGAGAUUGCACUAAGGGACGAUAUUUCAGCCAUUCAGAUCAGCAACACUCACAAUUUUGGAAUCAUUGAGAUUAUGGAUGACGACGAUGUGUUUGAAGUUGAUACAGCCCAAGAGCUCAGUCAGGGCGAUGGCAUCGAUGAAGAAAGACGAGGACUCUACAAACUCCUCUUUGACACGUGCCAGAGGCGAUUCUGUUUCGAUGUCAGUCGGAGGGACCUAACAAGUGAAGACCGUGGAAGGUUUAAGAUGACUGUAACCAGGACACCAGACCACGGCCGGAUCACCGAGAUUGUUUCAAACGUGGGAUAUAUUGAAAUUCGUUAAUGCUAGUAAAAGACUGUACUGAAUGAAUAACUGCAAACUGUAUAGUGUUGGGAGAGAGCUGUGUAUUCCCCAUUAAUUAAGUGUACUCUAUAAUUGGUUAAAUUUUGUUAUUGUGAACAAUCCAAACUGUCAAUUAAAGUGGGUAUAUUAUGUAUAUGCG